GUGACGGGGAUGUGGGGCCGGAGACCGAGCCCGAAGCCGCCCCGGGAGCGGGAGCAGGAGGAGGGGGAGGGGGAGCGGAGCAGCUGCACUCCCCGGGGCAGGGCCGGGAGGCUGCGCCGAGGCCCCAGGCCGCCGGCGGCGGAGGCGGGUGACCGGACUGAGGAAGUAUUGUCUCAAAAAACUCCACAAAGAAGAUCACAGUAUCGACAUGAUUCCCCUUGCAAUGAUUCACAGCAACAGCAAGAGAUAUAUUGGGAUCAGCAUUCUCCAACCACGUUUAAAUUAGGCAAUGGAAAGAAGACAUCUGCAGCAUGUCAACACGAGGUGAAAAUAUCGGAUGUUGUAAAACGCAUUGCUCCGCAGCAAUCGAAUUCCACGGUACCGAUGAAUAUAUGGCUUGGGGAGGAUGCAAUGCAGCAUUCCCCUUCUGGUCCAUUUCGAUCAAGGCCCAAAAUAAACCAUUCAAGGUGGCAGAGAAGUACAGAGGAAGAGCUGAUGAAGCUGGCGAAAGAAUUUGACCGAAAUCUAGUGGAACAAGAUGUUAGUCACGAAGAGAACACGAUCGAGAUCAAUCAACGUUUGGUGUGUGGUGAAUCAGAACAAAUAACAUGGCCCCAGAACUGUGUCAUUUUGUUGUCAUCGGAUCCAGUAACUGGGUCUAAUACAGGCAACGCUGCUCCCACAGUCGAGCUCCACAGACAAAACUUCAGCCAUCCACCACUGAAUGAAGAAGCCGAGGCUGCCGUCAACGCUUUGUUUGAUGGACCCACUCAACACAUCAGUGGGCCAUUGAGUCAGUGCUGCUCGGGGGAUGCAAUGAGUCAAAGAGUCGGGGAAGGCAGUCAUCCUACCAAAGCUCUCACCAAGUCAGUGCAUACCAACAGAGAUGUCUCUUCACAGGUCAAUAAGUGUAGCAAAGGUAGCCAUGUGAAAGAACCUUUAGAUCAGUGUUUGUCUCUGAAGAAUGCAGGCUUGCUCUCUGAACAAAACAGCAGAGCCCAAGCUGUAGCAUCACUUGACUUUGAUCAGAGUAAGUGUCUCCUCGCUGGCAGAUCGACCGUCUCGGAAAACGGCCAAGGGACGCCUUGUGAGACCGGGACCGAAAGCUGCCCUAUCGGCCUGCGAGAGGACAGCAGCGUUGAGUCCCAAACCGGAGCGGGAAUGGUGUCUUGCCAGACUGCAACAGCUCCAACAAACGACGAGGGGUUUGACGACUGGGACAGCGACGACUGGAUGGACGAUGACUGUUUCAGCAUGGAAAUUACCCAAAACCCAGAGCUUAUCGUCAGCCCGAAGGAUAUCCCGAAGCUGCCAGAUUGUAGCACAGACACUGCCAACCAAAGCGAGGGCAGAGAGGCUAAAGAUAUAAGCAAGCCGGGAGUUCCCUCCAGGAGUAUGGCGCUUCCGUCGCAUUUUCAGAGUCCAACCGGUAAGUUGAAAGACACCAAAACGGUUGCCAAGGUUUUGCUAUACGGGAGGGGGUCUGAAAGACCAAAGCCCAGGGCGACUUUUAUGUUACAAAGCAGAUCCAGCAAUAGAGUUACUCCAGGUGGUUCUGACAAAGAAAGUAAAGUGCCCGUAAAAGGCGAAGAGAAUCGAUCGCAGGAGCUUCCGAAACCCUAUCAAGUCGCCCCCUCGCUCCAUGCCUUUCAGACGUUCCCUUGUACAAAGCCGAGGUUGGGGAAUGGUGGCCAGCAGGGCAGCGGAGAGACAUUCUCCCAUUGCCCAAAGCCCGCCCUGGCUCCCGGCCUGAAACCCAAGCAAGAGGAGGCCAUCGCUCAGCGGACGCUCGUCACGCAGAGAACGAUUGACCCACCAAAGCAAAGCACAGCGACGACGACGACGACAACUCUGCCUCCGGUGGAUGACUGGAAUGAUUCAGAGUUUUCGGACGAGGUGCUGGACAUGCUGUCCCAAUCUGACCGGCUCUGUGAGCUGGAGGAGGAGGAGGACGACGAGGACCUGUACAGGGUGUGCGAUGACGUAGAAAGGUUGAUGGAAAACCAGAACGCCGGGCUGGCUACAGCCGAGGAAAAGCCAGGGCCUAAAGCAACCGCUCAUUGCCCUUUGCCCACAGCCAUGCGGAUUAGCCCCUUAUCCAAAUGGCCGGAUCCAUCGCUCAAACCAUUGAACGGAGAUCGAGCUGCCUCCAAGCCAGGAAGCCAAGGCUGUUCGAGGGGGCAGCCUGUUGCGCACACCAAUCCUCUGAGAAACCCCCCCAACACGUUGCCUUUCGCAACCACCUUCCACACAGCAGCCCAUCACUCGAGGGCUUCCAGCGGCCUCCAGAGCAAAACAUCGGGACAUGCCACCAACUGGAGCAGGUCCCUUUCCAUGUCUGCUCUGAACUCCAGCUCCGGGAACCAUCCCGAAUUGAUCCCAGCUCCGAACAACCCCCGAGGCCCGGGGGCGUUCAAGUCCUCUGUUGUUACGAAUCGCGCAGCGACGAACUCCCAGGCUGCGUCUGCCGCAAACGGAAAGCCGAGCUCCUCCAAAUAUUCUUUCUCCAGGAUUACGAGUUGCUCUGGCAACGGUGCUCUGGGGAGCCAUGUGACAAGCAGCAGGAAGACUUUUGGCACCGCAGGUCGCUCUAGUCUUCAAGCAAACGUGCCGAGUACAGCAGUGCAGCAUCACCGAGGCUUGCCUUUGAAGAGACUUCAUUCCGACUCUGCUAUACAGACCAAAGUUGUGAAGACCCCACCGAAACCAGUGACAAAGUGCUCACAGGCGGAGAUUGAACGGAAAAAGCUGGAAGCCUUAGCACGGAGAAGGCUAAAACUGCAAGCCAUUUCUCCCAAUAUGUGACUUUGCAGAUGUAAGAGAACAAUUGCUCUCUGUGAGAAUGUCAUGUACUCCUCAAGUUAGAGCAGAGCUUGAUUUAAGAAGUGCACUUUUUUUUAAAUUUAUAACGAGAUUGUCUUGAUUUUGUGAUUUGUUUUCUCUGUGAGAAAUCUGGCUGGAGAAUCGUGUUGUUGACUAGUUGGCAGAUGAAGACCUAAUUUUGCUUUGCUAAAAAGAAAAUGUUACAUUAUUUUUUCCACUGACAUAGUGGCCUAAGACAGUCUUAAAACAUUUGCACCAUUCCACAUCAAGCAUUUGCAGAAACUGAGCAGUAAACAAUGACUAUUCGUUUAGCAUUGGCACCCUCGGACAACCCUCUCUGAAGUCCCAAACCCUACGUGAAGAGCUGUUUUGUCCCUGGUUUAUUUCUUGCUUUUUUCAUUAAUUUGUGGCAUUCCAAACCUGUCAUAAAGUAUUAUUCAGUCACCACACACGGGAUCGAAUUUGCUUGUCGUUUCAAUCGCACAUCGAUCUGUUUGGAUCUUGGAUUCGGCUUUCGGAAUUCUGCCUUCCUCUCUCCCCCCCCUCUCCUUUUAGAAAGUUUUUGUGCUUCGUCUCUCGCAAGUUGAACUAAAACCCAGUGUAAGUCCAAAUUUACUCUCGGUUCAUUGUUGCCUGAUACUGUAACGUCUUCACAAAAGGGAAUUUUAUUUUUAUUUUUCGGAUUUCAUGUGGAAAGCAUUCUUGCUGGCCCCUCAGUUGUAGCUCAAGAAGGCAGUCGCUAAUCUCAAAUGUACCAGUAAUCUCAAACUUGCAAGCGAGAGUUUCUGGGUGGGGUGAAACCUUAGGCAGGUUUCC